AUGGAGUCACUUGCUGGUGUCACAGCACCUAGUACAUCAAAUUCUAGGGCUAAGCUUCUCGAUGAAAUGUCUCAUGAAGCGGAAACCAAUGCACUUCGAAUCAUUCAAGCUAAAUUAGAAAAACCAGAGGGUUUAGAAAGACUCGAUCAAUUACGAACAGCAGCUUCUCAACGAAAGUAUGCUCUUGAUGAGCAAUUGCGCACAGCAGUGCAAUCUCAAUUGGAAGACAUAAAUACUGGCAUCACUCAAUUACAAAACUCCCUCCGUAAUAUGAGGAUAAUCGAACAUAAAAUGUAUGAAACAGAUGAAAUAUUACAGAAAAUAAUCUCAUUACAAUCGAAGCUGGACGAUUUAUGUCAUGAAGCACAUACUUAUCAACAAUUAGCACUUGCUCAAGUUAAUCUUGAUCAUAUUAUCAAAACACCUGAAAACGUGAACAAAGCAGCUGAUUUAUUGGCUCACGAAAAACUUCUUCAAGCUCAUCAACUGGUAAUUGAGAUUGAAAAUACUCGCAACUAUCUACUCUUCGAAUUGCAUCAAACUCAAGACGGAGAUUCCCAUGCCGAUAAUAUUCAACUAGUGACUAACUAUUUUGCUGAUCAUCAAAGACUUGUUGGACAGUUGGAACAAUUGAUAUCAUCUCAAAUUUCUCGAUGGUAUCAUUGUGCGAUCAGUGCACCGGAACAAUUAGUGACAGCAUUACGACUUAUUGAACGUGAAGAACAAAUAGAUCGAUUCUGGGCGGAGAAGAAAAAUUUGACUGGAUUUAGCCCACCGGAUCGACCAAGACAAUGGAGAAUGCUUUGUUUUGAUUUGUUAAGAAAGAGUGUGAAACAUCGAAUCGAAGGAAUUCAGUUGGAAACAAAAGAAGAAGAGCAAUGCUGGUUAGAACAACAUUUCAAAAGAUAUCGACGGAUGUUUUUACAAGAUUUCCGAAUCAUUACAAAAACUUGCUCACGUUGUUUUCCAAAACAGUAUGAUAUUGUCAAUCGUUUUCUUGGAUACUAUCAUAAUUGUUUGAAAGAACAUAUCACUGAAAUAUGUAAUCUAAAACAACGAAAUGAAGGCGAGACAUUAACAAUUGCAGACGUGUUUGCUUUAGUAACAUUUGUUCGUGAUUAUCAAGAUGUUGAAUGUUUACGAAGUCCAGAGUUACGAUUAGAUACCAGUCAUUUGUCUCCAUUAUUGGAAAAAGAUAUGUUAGUAGCAAUUACAGAUGUGUUCAUCAAUGAAAUGAAACAGAAAGUUCCGGAAUGGAUGUCAAACACCAUAUCGAGAGAAACUAAGGAUUGGUAUGCAUUGAAAGAAGUUGAUUUAACCCCGGAUCAUUAUUAUUAUACAUCGAUGCCACGGACACUAAAUAAUCUGAUUAUUCAAACGCUAGAUAUGGCAAAGAAAAUGUCGGAUGAAAUAUGUCAAAUAGUUCUCGAAAUGAUUUUAGAAAAGCUAAAUGAAUUUCAUAUUUCGUAUAUGAAUGAAAUAGAUCUUUAUACAAAAAAGUACUUCGCCGAUCGUCAAUCCUUUCGCGAUUGUUUCACCAAACAAAUGGUUGCUAAUGCAAAUGAUUGUGAAUCCAUGUCAACCGUUAUAGAUAUCCUUCGAAAAUAUGAUCAUAAUGAUUUAGAUGAUCUAUCAUCUUCAUCACAACAACAAUUGAAUCGAUAUGAAAACAUAGCGAAAGUAUUCAAACAAACAGCUAAGUCUUGUUGUGACAUUAUUCUACAAGAAAUCGAAAUAGAUACAUCGAAUUCUCUUAGAGGAUUAUUCACACGGGAUUGGUUUAGUGCCACAGCUAAAUCACAUUGUGGAACGAUUAUUGAAACAACCCGUGAUUAUUGGAGUUCAGAAUUAACACAUUUGAAAAAAGCUCUGUUAACUUAUCUCUUCUACACAUGGCAUAAACGUAUCUUAGCGCAUUACUUACGAAAUGUACUCUCACAGAGUAUAACAAUCAAAUUCGAACGAUCUGAUGAACGACGUCAGUGUGCUACACAGUUACGUAGCGAGGCUAGUUUACUUGAGAAAGAAUUCAAAUCAUGGAUCGAAACGUCAUCCGAAGGUGCAAUUGAAUAUCAUUUUCAUAUUUUGAGUAACAUAGCUGAUAUUCUCGAACAAACAGAUUUGGAUUCUAUUGUUCUGGAAUUAGCAACAUUAGCGAAGAAAUAUCCAAGUUUAACGAAGGAACAGGUUAUUCAACUUUUAAGACUCCGUGGUGAUUUCACUAAACAAGAAGCUCGAGACAAAGCUGAUGCUGCUCUAGCAAAAAUGCCUCGUGUGAAUCAAGGUAUUCUCUCCGAACUUUCAGAAAUUAUCAAUCAAAUGAAAUGA